CCCACAAGAACACGAAGCUGAGCAGUCAGCCGUUCGGCGGCUUGACCUUUGACACCGACUACAUGGUUCGCGUGGUUCCUUUCCCGACUCUGAUGAACGAGAGCUUCUUCCCUCCAUCCUUCCUCCGCACCAACUCAUGUGAAGUCCUCCUAGGAUCAGACAACCAGGUCUGCAGACCCUUCUGGAAGCCAAAGACCCUGAACGUGUCUCAGCUGGGCUGCAACCUCCACGUGGCGUUCGACCAGGCGCCGGCCUCCUUCGGCUUCGGCUUCUACUUCCUGUACUACAAACUACGGCAGGACGGGCCCUUCAGACAGCAGCGCUGCAAGCCAGAUGUGAACCAGCCCAGAACCACAUGCAUCCUCCAGAACCUCACCCCAGGGACCUACACUAUAGAGCUGAGAGACGACGGUAACACGACCAGGAGGCAAACUCAGUACCAUGUCAGCCAGGUCCACUCCCCCUGGGCGGGGCCUAUUCGUGCCAUGGCCAUCACAGUUCCUCUGGUCAUCAUGUCUGCCUUCGCCACUCUCUUCACUGUCAUGUGUCGCAAGAAGCAGCAAGAAAACAUCUACAGCCAGCUGGACGAGGAGAGCAGCGAGUCGUCCAAUCACAGUGCGGCGUUGAACACGGAGCGGCCGUGGCCCCGCCCCAAGGUCUUCAUCUGUUACUCCAACAGAGACUGUCCCAAACACACCAGCGUCAUCCAGAGCUUCGCCUACUUCCUGCAGGACUUCUGCAGCUGUGAGGUUGUGUUGGACCUGUGGGAACACCUGGAGAUGUGCAGAGAGGGUCAGAUGUCGUGGCUCAGCAGACAGCUGGACGAAGCUGACUUCAUCAUCACCAUCUGUUCUAGAGGCCUACGCUACUACGUAGAGAAGAAGAGCCACAGAGGGAAGACACCGGUCAGUCGCCGUAGUAACAGCAGCAGCAGCUCUCCGAUUGGUGGAUCGGGCGGUGACCUGUUCAUCGUGGGCGUGGCCAUGAUCGCUGAGAAGCUGCGGCUGGCGAAUCAGAGCCAGGGGGGCGGAGCUCAGGAGCUGAACCGCUACAUGGCGGUUUACUUCGACUAUUCCACGGAAAAGGACAUCCCCACCAUGCUGAGUCUGGCUCCCAGGUUUAAGCUGAUGGACCAGCUGCCUCAGCUCUUCAGUCGGCUCCACUCCAGCCAGUCCAGUUUGGCUGAUCGUGAUUCGCAGCCUCUCAACGUCUCCAGGAGGAACUACUUCAGGAGCAGGUCCGGACGCUCGCUCUACGUGUCCAUCUGCAACAUGCACCAGCACAUCAGCCAAAACGCUGACUGGUUCGAGAAGCAGCUGGCUCCUUCAGGAGCUUCCUCUGCCUCCUCCUCCAAACCUGCUCCUCCUCUCCCUGCUGUCCCGGCUCCGAGCCCUCCUCCAAAGCCUCCCUGCCCCUCCUCCUCGUCUCUACCGGAGCAGAGGUUUGACUCAGGCUUGGUGCUGAACGAGGUGGUGGUGAAUACACCGUCCCCGGAGGGAGCAUCGAGGAGGAACAUGCUCCUGCUGGCCUCUGGUUCCAGUCCCAGCCUUAACCUAGGCCCCAGCCUCAGUCCCUGUCCCAGUCCUGGUCCCUGUCCCAGUCCAGGCCUGCCACACUGCUCUCUGGCCACGCUGGGACCCACUUCAAGGUCCACUUCUGGAAUAUCUGGACUGUUACCUGAAGAAUCGUCCUCCUCCUCUUCCUCCUCCUCCUCCUCCUUCCUCCUCCUCUGCUCCCUCCAUUCUCCAGGAUGGGGUGUGCCCUGUCCACUCCCAGGCAGAAGAAGGCCAUCAUUCCCCUCCAGAGCUCCCACCCCCUCGUGAUUCGGGCAUCUAUGAGUCGUCUGUCCCGUCCUCAGAGCUCUCCAUUCCCCUAAUGGAGGGUCUGUCACAUGACCAGGCUGACUCCUCCUCCCUGGCAGACAGCGAAUCAUCUUCUUCGGGGCUGGGUCGAAGCUGCAGAAGAAAACAUCCUCCUUCUCUCUUCUCUCUCCUGACAGCUGGUCCCUCAGAGGGAAGAAGAGGAAGCAGGCCAGCAGAGAUGCCGACUCGCUCAGUCUCUGCAGUCUGGACAUCAACGAGCCCAGCACCAAGCGCAGUAAACUGGUGUCCAGGGUGAGCUCUCUGGCCGGCCUGCUGCAGCCCGUUAAGACCGCACCGCUGAAGAGGAUUGGCCAGACCCUGCAGGUGAACCUCCACUGCCAUG